UCAUCGGAAUAAUAUUUGCAAACAGCAUGUGCCACUUCUCGAAGGCCCUGACUAGAUCUGAAUCAUCAGAAUAAUAUUUGCAAACAGCACGUGCCACAUUGUCUUUACCGUUGUCACUCGCUACCGGAUCAUUAGGCUCGUUAUAAACUAAAUAUUAUAAAUGUAAAUGUUACUUUAGUUUUUUAAUUAAAAUCAUGAAGGUUGUAAUAAGUGGUGCUUCAGGAUUACUUGGCAGAUCGAUCUACAGAGAACUUGUUAAUAAUACAAAAUGGGAAGUUUUGGGGUUGGGUUUUACAAGGUUAGGUGGUAAUUUACAUAAAGUAGAUCUUUGCAAUGAAGAAGAUUUGAAGCGUUUUAUAGAAAAAGAAAAGCCAGACGUUUUUAUCCACUCUGCAGCUGAACGUCGACCUGAUUUUGUAGCAAGUAAUAAAGAGCAUACAACACAGCUUAAUAUCACAUCUACCAAAAUAAUUUCUAAACUUAUGAAUCAAAAUGGCGGAUUUGUUCUUUAUAUCAGUACUGAUUAUGUUUUUGAUGGUUUUAAUCCUCCAUAUAAAACAACUGACAUUCCUAACCCAUUAAACGAAUAUGGGUUAUCAAAAAGAGAAGGUGAAAUUUGUAUUUUAGAAAACUGUACAAAUUAUGGCAUUCUUAGAGUUCCAAUAUUGUAUGGUGAAGUUGAAUAUCUUCAAGAAAGUGCUGUUACAGGUUUAUUUGAGUUGUUAAAAGAUAGCAAAACACCAAAAAAGGUUUCUAACUACGAGCAACGUUUUCCAACAAGUACAGACGAUAUUGCUGUUGUUUGUCGGCAAAUUGUAGAGUACAAUCGUUUAAAUAAUUCAUUUCACGGAAUAUGGCAUUGGAGUAGCAAUCAGAAAAUGACAAAGUACAAAAUUGUUGAAAUAAUGGCGCAAGUAUUUAAUUUAUCAAUGAAACAUAUUGAACCAGAUAACGAACCGUCGGUUGGGGUGUCGAGACCAUAUGAUUGCGAACUCGAUUGUUCGAAUCUUAUUGAUUUAGGCAUCGGCAAACAAACUGAUUUUAAAGAAAACAUAAAAAAAUAUUUAGAAAAAUUUGUGUAAUUUAUAAUGAACUUUUAUUUACAUUAUGAGAACAUUAUCU